ACAGUGUGAGAGAAAGAGAGAGAGAGAGAUUCUCCCUUUUCUUUUCUGCUUUUCGAUUUCCUUUUUUAUUUUUUGUUAUCUGGGUAAUGGAGAAAGGGUUCAAAAAGACAUCCUUUCUGAAGUCUUCCUCCUCCACCUUCUCUUUGACAUUUUUUCGAUCUUUGUCUCUCUGAGAUGUGGAACAACCUUGGGUAGUUUUUAUUUUAUUUCUGUUUUGUUUAGUAAUUAAAGGAAAGGAGGAAAAUCUCGUCGCCUUUCUCAUUCCCCACCAGUUGUGUUUGUUUGUUAAAGCUCUAUUUGUCGGAUCUGGCUUUUGGAAUCCCCUGAAAGUGAGAUUUCUCUCUUUCCUUCUCGUGUCCUGUUCUUCAACUUCUUACCCUCGUAAUGAAGAUCGAAACUCUUAAGGAAACUAGGGUUUCGUAAGAAAAUGGCGCUUGACAUUGAGAAGCCGAGCUCCAAAGGACAGGCAUGGUUUUGUACUACGGGGUUGCCUAGCGACAUUGUUAUUGAAGUCGAAGACAUGACUUUCCAUCUCCAUAAGUUUCCUCUAAUAUCGAAAAGUAGAAAGCUUCAUGAGUUGAUUACUGAGCAAGAAAACAAUCCUAGUAGAAGACAACGAAGUUCUGCUGCAGAAGCACAGGUCCAAGUAGAAGGUGAAGGAGAGGAGGAUGGAGACGGAGAUGAAAUUGAAGAGGAGCCCUGUGAGAUAUCCUUCCCGGAAUUUCCAGGUGGUACUGAGGCAUUCGAGACCGCGGCGAAGUUCUGCUAUGGAGUGAAGAUCGACCUCACAGCUUCCAAUGUAGCUCCUCUUUGUUGUGCCGGAGAGUAUCUCGAGAUGACGGAAGAGUACUCUGAAGAUAACCUUAUCUCCAAAACCGAAAGGUUCUUGACCCAAUCGGUUCUCAGAAACAUCAAAGAAUCCAUCAAGACCCUGAAAUCCUGUGAAGCACUCAUGCCUCUCGCAGAAAACCUCAACAUUCCGCAGAGGUGCAUCGACUCAAUCGCGUCGAGAGCUUCCUCUACGGAUCCUUCAUUGUUUGGUUGGCCGAUGAACGAUGGAGCGGUUACAGCAAGGGCUUCCAAUCAGAUUCUUUGGAAUGGGAUUGAUACUGGAAAACGCGGGAAGAACCAAACCAAAAACACCAGCGCCGACCCCUGGUUCGAAGAUCUAGGUGUUCUUAGCUUACCGAUCUACAAGCGACUAAUUUCUGCCAUGAAAGAUCAAGAUCUAAGCCUGGCAAUCAUCGAGAACUCUCUGAUAUCUUACGCCAAGAAAUCCAUUCCAGGCCUUACGCGUUCCAACAGGAAAUCAUCCACCACAUCUAUAGCUUCAGAGGCGGAACAGAGAGAGCUGCUGGAGACCAUAGUUGCAAAUCUGCCACUGGAGAAAAGCUCAAGCUUUAGUUCAGGUUCUUCUUCAACGACAAGGUUUCUAUUUGGAUUGUUGAGGACGGCGAACAUACUGAACGCGUCGGAAGCCUGUAGAGCUACGUUGGAGAGGAAGAUAGCAUCGGAACUGGAAAAGGCAGCACUGGACGAUCUUUUGAUCCCGAGUUACUCGUAUCUGAUGGAAACUCUGUACGAUGUGGACUGCGUGGAGAGGAUAUUGGGGUAUUUCUUGGAGAGUUUGGAAGAGAGGUCGGCGAUUGGGAUGGACGGUGAUGAGGACGGAGAAGUGGGUGGAACAACGCCGGGGAUAAAUCCGGUGAUGUUGGUGGGGAAAUUGAUCGAUGGAUACCUCUCUGAGAUCGCAUCCGACGCGAAUUUGAAGCCGGAUAAGUUUUGUCAACUCGCCGUUGCUCUUCCUGAACUGGCCAGACUCUUCGACGACGGCUUAUACAGAGCCGUCGAUGUUUAUCUCAAGGCGCACCCGUGGAUAACGGAGGAAGAAAGGGAGAAGAUAUGUGGGGUACUUGACUAUCAGAAGCUAACGUUCGAGGCGUGCACUCAUGCGGCGCAGAAUGAGCGACUUCCGCUGCGGUCGGUGGUGCAGGUUCUGUUUUUUGAGCAGCUCCAGCUUCGUCAGGCGAUCGCCGGAACUCUCAUCGCCGCCGACAUUGUCCCGGAUUCUGCCAGGCCUUCUGUUUUACAGCAUCAACAGCUAGAAACCGCAAUGAUGGUACCACUAACAGCAGCAGGAGGUCAGGAGGGGGAGCCGUGGAGGGCGACGGCUAGGGAGAACCAGGUGCUGAAACUGGACAUGGAUAGCAUGCGAUCUCGGGUGAAUGAGCUGGAGAGGGAAUGCUCCUCCAUGAAGAAGGCUAUUGAGAAGAUCGAUAAAGCUGGAUCGCCUGAAGGUCCGGCGGUUAGGGGUUGGAGGAAGAAGUUUGGUUGCAAGUUUAAGACUCAGGUCUGUGAUUCUCAUGAACGAACGGUGGUGGAGACUGGAAGGAGGGCCAGACAUCACCACCAUUCGCCCGGCGUCUAGGACUUCUAUGUAGUUGCUUCUUCCAUUCUAUAUCCCACUUUUCCUCUUCUCUUGUUUUAUCUUGUGUACCAUAUUGUCUCUAAUAUUUAUUUCAAGUCCCAUCAAUGCCUUUCACAUA